ACCAGCCAUGACAACGCAGCAUGGUCACAAUGGCGGCCUUAGCAACAAGUGCUUGACUUUAAAAGUAUGGCUGACUCAUUGAUGAAUCACUGGGGGUCCUUCUGGAUUCAAGUGAUCGUUGGGACUUUGAGAUUGCCUCCAAGAUAAAAUCUUGAAUAAAGAUGGACAGUUGACUUAAUAUUUCUUGGACUUGUUAAAGAAGUUUUAUCAAAAGAAACAAACGCAUACACACACACAAAAAAAAGACAAAUCAAAAAACAAACAUACAAUAAUUUUCAAUUUAAAAGAAAAAAGAAACAAGCAAACAAAAUCAGUGCUUAGUAAUCUUUGAUUAAAAAACAAUUUGGUCUUUUUUGGUUCAGUAGUUUCUGAGAUAAUGAUAUUAGACACUCAAAAAAAAUCAAUCAAGCAAACAAUCAGGAAAACGUGAUUUAACUGAGGCACCUAAUAUUUUGGUGGUUGAAUAUCUUGUAUAGUAAUAAAUUAUGAUAAUGAUCCUAGUGUUACACAGUGGUGCAUACUUGGAUUAACAGUAUCCUUUCUAUAUAUAUAAAGUAGACACAGACAGACAGACACACAUCCACACACAUGCAAAUACAAGGCAUUGAAGUUCUGAGCCAAUAAGGUAGUAUAUGUAUGUUCACUUGUUCUGCUGAAAAUAACUGGCUCUCUGUUGGUAAUGAAAAUGAGGGUUUCAGCUGAUUCGAUCAGGAGAACAGCCUGCUCAUGAAAUUAACGUCCAAGUGGCUGAGCCCUCCACAGACACGUGUACCCUUAACAUAGUUCUCAGGGAGUUUCAGUGUGAUGCAAGAUGUGACAAAGCUGGCCCUUUGAAAAUACAGGUACUACUCAUUAUUGCCAGCUCAGUGGACUGGAGCUAUGUGAAAUAAAUUGUCUUGGUCAAGGACAUAAUGUGUUGCUGGGAAUUGAACUCACAACUUUAUGAUCAUGAACUGAAUAUUCUAACCAUUAAGCCACAUGCAGAUCACAUUUUGAUUUUUUCAUAGACCGCCUGACUGGCCUUCAUAGGAUUUUCGAGCGAGAUCGUUGCCAGUGCGGGUGGCACAUAAAAUACACCAUUUUGAGCGUGGCCGUUGCCAGUACUGCUUGACUGGCCUUCGUGCGGGUGACACGUAAAAGCACCCACUACACUCUCAGAAUGGUUGGCGUUAGGAAGGGCAUCCAGCUGUAGAAACUCUGCCAAAUCAGAUUGGAGGCUGGUGUUGCCAUCCGGUUUCACCAGUCCUCAGUCAAAUCGUCCAACCCAUGCUAGCAUGGAAAGCGGGCGUUAAACGAUGAUGAUGAUGAUGAAAGGUCAUGUAAGAUAGCAUCGUUGGAGAUGAACUAUGUUGCAAUAAAUGAUGGGAUGGUCAUGAUUGGAAUGCCUUUGAUUAUCAAUCAACUUGGCUAGGAUUGAUGUGGAACUAAAUAUAUAUAUAAAAAAAAAACAUUUAAUUAUUCUCAAAACCGUACUAAAUUGAUCUAAAAAAUGGCUGAAAGUCCAAGAAUUUCAGGAUUAUUCUUGGGGUCGAAAGAUGACCAAAUUAAAUCCAUGUGUAACAUUUUGAAAUUUGGACAGGACGUCUUCAAAGAAUUUUGCCCUGCGCCAGUUUCUUUUGAUGAAAAAUUCCUAGAAGAAUUCUUCCAUAAUACAGAACUCUUGCAGAAAAGCUGUUCCAGUAUUUUGUCAGCCAAAAAUGCACCGAAAUAUCACCAGAAGUCUCAUUAUUUCAAUUAUGUUCAUUCCUGUUAUCCAAAAUAUCCCAGAGAAAGGAAAGAACAGAAAAUAGAAUUAUUGCGAUCAUUCAAUUCUUCAAGAUUGGCAUCGACACCAUCUUCCCUGUCAUCGUUCUCUUCCUCAUCAUCCACUUCUUUGCCUCAUUCCAAUUCUAUACCUGCUUCCAGUCCAAAAUCUGUGUUUCCUUUAUCUUCCCAUCAAAGCAUUUUGAAGGGGAAUCGUCGUGUGUCUUGGAGAACCAGAAGAGAAAGCAAAAAAUCGGUGACGCUCACUGUUGUCCACGAGGAAUUGCAGACCCAGAGACAGUUAAAUGUGGUGGAAGAGAUCGGUUAUAGCAAAAUGGUUUGCUCCAAAGAUAUGGAAUGUCUUCAACAGAAGCAAGAAUAUUCCCAGAAGCCAAAAUGGAAUAAAAAAUACUGCAGUUUAUUGGCACCAAUAUUCCUCAAGGAACAAUUCCUGGAAGUGAAAGCAGAUGACAGUCUCAGAACUGAAGAAUUUCAAGAGAAACAAGAACUUGUCAAUGAAAGUGCCUUAAAGAUUCCUGUGAAACCAAGUGUGGACACAGAAGUGAAAUCAUUGAAGCACAUCCUGAAUCCACACUUGAGAGAAACUGUUCUACACCCAACCAAUCCUUUUCAAGUUGAGCUCCUCUCUGGUUGUCCGUUGGAGCACCACCAGUCUGAAAUAAUUGCUAGGCGGUCCCAGUCUGUUUUCAAGAAACACCUUCAGGUGAUAUAUCCAAUAUCUUCCAAACUUUGGUCAGAAGAAAUGGAAGAAAAUGAAUGGAGAGAUAAUGAAAUCGUGACAGUUCUUCAGAAACAGAUAUCGACAUCAGACAACCAAAUCAGGAGAGGAUUUCUACGUUGGGUGGCAUUGCCUGAAGUUAUAGAGCCAAUGAUUUCUCAGGAAAGAAAGAAUGGAAAUUUGGAACGCACUAAAAGACAACAUAGCAAUGGUUGUACGAAGAAUGUAAAAGAGUUUCCAACAUCUGAGAUAUUGGCAUUCUGGGAUGAAAAUUGGUACAUCAAAGGAGAAUGUAGCACUAAACCAUAUAUGGAAGAAGUAAUUCUGUUGGAGAUGAUAGAUCUUCAUCCAAGUGUAAGGUGUUCUGCAAUCUUUAAAGCUGCCAGCAUUGGUAUGCGGUACCUGGUCUCCGUUCCCCAUGAAAUUGGUGAAGAUGUCAAAUGUGUACCACAUGGCUCUCAUAUGGCUACUUGUAUUAAGUGUCUACCUGACAACAUACUUGAGGCUUUACAGCGUAUUCUGGCUGACCCAAAUGAAGAUGUGAAGAUAUCUGCUGCACUCUCGUUGUUCUGUCUUCAUCAAGGAAACGAAAAGGCUGCAGACAUUCUACGGGGUACCCUAAACAGUUCCAGUUUACUGAAAAGAUGGGUGGCAGCAUAUUGCCUGGGAUAUUUCCGUCUCUGGAAUUCAGACAUUAUCAACGAACUCAUCAGGCAAAUAUUCAUGAUGCCAAAGUCAGAGAAAAUGGUGCAUGGAAUACAACUCCUUAUCACACUCAGUGAAGAAACGGAUCUUGUGCAGCUGCUUCUUGCAGAGUAUCUUAGCAGUAACAGUUGCCAUGAGAGACGAAUGGCUUGCAGUAUUCUUUCCAAACUUCGCAGCCAGAUGAAGAAGGACAUCAGUGGUAAACUGCUGGACUUGUUUUGGAUGGAGUGGAAUGCUGACGUGAAAAUGCUGGCUGCAUAUUGUCUUGGAUGCAACAAUCAAGGGAAACAGUUCCACGAUGAUUUGCUGAACAAAUUGGAUUGCUCGGAUGAUUGUAUUCGUCGGAAAGCUCUCUGGAUUAUUGGACAAUUCAGAAUUAUGACAAGGAAGAUUUUGGUAAAAUUCCUUCUCUGCUUCCAAGAUCCUAACAUUAGUAUACGUGCUGAGACAUGUAUGACAUCUUGCAGACUGAAGAUUGCAGAACCAAGGAUUCUGGAGCAGUUGAUUGCAGUGGCAUCACAGGAUCCAAUUUGGAAGAUUAGGAAGUUAGCAAUAGAAGCUCUCAGUCAUAUAGGUGUCUGGAAUGAACCAGUGAAAGCCUGCCUCCUGUCUGCCAGACAUGAUGUUAGCCACCACACAGUUCGUGCUCAAGCAUGCCGCACUCUUGCUUCAUUGGGUGAGAAAUUUCCAGAAGCUGUCACCCUUCUUCAGGAAUAUUUCCUUUCAGAGACUGAUCCGACAAUGCAAAGCGAAUGGAAGAGUAUUUUGUCUGAGGGUUCUCCUACAAUGAAGAAACUAGUUGAUGUUGGAAAGACAAAACCAGAAGCAAGAUCAUCUCCUAGCAAGAACCCAAAUCCGUAUAUUUUACCAGAACCUGAAGGGAAGACAUUGCUGUGUUCCAGGACCAUUCCUACCAAGUCUCAUGUUGCUGGUUUGGUUAAAUUUAUUGCCAGUGGACAGCAGACAGCAGCAACCACAACCAUAGCAACAUUAUCAAAGACAACAACAUCGAUAUCAAGAAAAAGAACAACAAUAACAACAAAUAGCAAAAACAAAACAAAAAGGAAAACAAUAGUGUUGGAAGAUUAACAAUAAAAAAAAGUAUAUAA